CUUGAUCGCUAAUACAGAGCGUACGAGCCCUCGUUACUCUGCACAUGACAAAAGACCUUUGCCUGUAUCUUUUAACAUAUCCUAUCGGAUGCUGUAGGUAGAGGAAUUGUGUUAUCGUAGAACAGUUACUUGAUCCAAUCUCCAAAUGGCGCCUCAAUUCAAAGCACCACGCCCUGUCGCUCAUCCUACGAAAUCAUAUUGGUUGAGCCAAACAAGCCCAGAUUUGUCCAACUACUGCUCGCAUGACGCACUCCCUGAUCAUGUGGAUACUAUCGUAAUCGGUUCGGGCAUUACCGGUGCACUGAUUGCUCACGAGAUUCUCCAGCGAAUGCAAGGAAAGUCACCUAGCAUUAUGAUGGUUGAAGCGCGUGAGUUGGCCAGCGGAGCGACCGGGCGGAAUGGUGGUCAUAUCAAGCCGGAUUGCUACAAAAACCAUAGAUCAAUGGAAGAGCGGUAUGGCGCUGACAUUGGCAGACACAUCACGUCUUUUGAGCCUCAAAAUAUGAAAGAGACCGUUCAGUUUAUUAAAGAUAACGGACUUGAAGCGGACAUAGAUCUUGUAGAAACCCGCUCUGCAGAUGUCUACAUGUCUGAGAGCGGCUGGAAUAACGCAGUCAAGUCACAUUCUGACUUUGCUAGAGCUGGUGGUGAUGUUUCCGACAUAACACUACAUGAGGCCGCGGAAGCUCGUGAGAAAUUCCGAAUCAAUGGCAUCUACGGUGCUGUAAGUUAUCCUGCUUGCAGUCUCUGGCCACACAAGCUAGCGACCAAAGUUAUCGAGCGAUGCAUCGCAGCUGGGCUCCAGGUCUUUACCAACACCAGGGUCAACAGCAUAGUGCGCGACUCUAAUAAACCGAAUAAAUGGCGGAUUCAUACUACCAGGGGUGCUUUCACGUGUGAUAGCAUAUAUCAUGCGACGAAUGCACAUGCCGCUUCCCUUCUGCCUACCUUUCACCGAUCCAUAGUUCCAGUGAAAGGGCAUGUUGCUGCCAUAGAGCCGCCCAGUCCAUUUCUGUCACAGCCCUUGAUCAAUACCUAUGGUAUUCAAUGGGGCGAGGACUUUGACUACCUUAUUCAGAGGUCCACAGACGGAUUCCCGUUGAUCUAUGGUGGCCGAGACUUAGCACACAAAAAUGGACUUCCUGGUGUCAUUGGGGAUUGGGACGAUUCAAAAAUGACACCCGAGAUUAUAACUGCUCUCAGGCAAUUUCCUUUCCAGUACUUCCAGGGUUGGAAUCAUAUGACCAAUUUUCGUUACGUUUGGUCAGGUAUCAUGGGAUUCACUGCGGACACUUUCCCUUUCGUUGGCGAACUGCCAGGCCUAAAGCAACAAUACAUUGCCGCCGGCUUCAAUGGGCAUGGUAUGGCUCGGGUGUUCCUAUCAGCACGAGCAGUGGUGCAGUUGGCGUUUGGCGAGAGUGUCGAUCCACGCGUGCCUCCUGUCUAUUAUAGCAUUGCUAGCCGGCUAAGUACCGUGUUUCCGGAAUGGGAGACUCUCUUAGACGAAGCAAGCGCAUUAAGACAGAAUAAUGCCAGAUUGCCUUCAGUAUUGUAGAGUCAACCAAGCAGAUGUCUUAUUACCUUCAUCAUCGAAAAUCUAUAUAUGGAUUCUACAUGUUUUGCUUAUUCAUUUAUUUUUGUUUACUCUAUUAAGAAGAUCGAAAGAAAACCAUGUCCAGGAACAACCUGUGCGUGGGGCAUGAUUUUGCAAGAGAAUGUCCCAUGCCAACCGUCUCUGUAUAUUUACAUCAUAG